AUGCUCAAUUUAAGUUCAUGGCUGACGUCAUUUGGUGUGUUCGUUGCUUGGACUGUGACGUCAUUUCUAUGCCACCAAUGUGGGAAGACAUACCUCCGUGGCACAGAGCUAGACGCACGGCACAUAGACGGCGACGGUGUGUCACAUCUACACAUAUACUCGGCGUGUGUGCUGACCACGGUACAAUGCAUCACGUGUUUCACGAUCGUGAGGCUACGUCACGUGACCAACAGAAGACAGGUGGCGCUGCUGAUCGUCACUCACAUCCUGUCGACCCUGGCAACCAACUACAGCAUGACGUACAUCGAGGCAGCUUCAGUGUUCGCUAUAAAACUGCUGGAGCCUAUCACAAUGGCAGUGGCCCAUUAUUUCCUUAUUGAACGGAAAAUGAAUGUUGAAACAGUUCUUAGCAUCCCAGUGAUUAUUGUAGGAACUUUGAUGUUUACAGGUAAACUAGACGUAGAAUCUGACGAAGGUGCCGGCGCCCUUCUCGCAUUUUCUUCUAACAUUCUCCUGACUGCCCGGAACAUCACGUUGAAGAAGAUCCAGACAACAGACAGACUCGUCUUGAACAGAUCCAUCUUUCCCGCGCUACUGGUGACGGCACAACUCAGCUUUGUUGUCCUUGUUUCCUGGUACCAUUCUGGGAGCUCGUUUCCGGUGUCCUUGACACUGGUGUACGGAUCCCUUUUGGUUUCCGGUUUGUUCCAUGUCAUGUAUAACUAUAUUUCGACAAGCUUGGUGCUCAAGGUCAUGACUGUUGUGAGUCACUCCAUUGCCAACAUCUUCAAGCGGUUGAUCGUCGUGCUAGUUCUCUACGGCUGGGGUCAGCGUAAGGCCACUUGGUUCAACUUCUUUGGUUUACUGCUCGCUACACUGGGGCUGUGUGUAUACGUCUACGGCAAGGCACAGAAACAUUUGCCCGCUACAGCAGUGUCUGAUGCCGCAUCCUUGAUUUUGAAAACAUCUCAUCACCUAAGAUCGAAGAAAUUCCUCUGGACAACAUUGGCGUGUUGCUGUAUUUUUACAUUCACACUUGCCCACACAGCAUCACUUGAUCAACGGUACUUCAUCAAGGGCGACAACAUCAUUAACAGAGAUGUGAAAGAGCUAUCGCCCCUUCGGCUUAUGGACCGCCCCUUUGAGACAAACGAAAAGUCUUUGACCUUAACAACACCGGAAGAAGUCGUGAACGAGGCUCAGCGGGUUCUUCUGAAUCUGCUUCACGAUAUCAUAGGUCAGGCCCGUCACGUGAUGUUGAUGGAGAUAGCCACGUACGAAAACAAAGGCGACCCUGCUAUCACGGCAGGGGAAGUAAUGCUGCUGAGAAAAAUGAACAAGCGCAUCGUGUAUUACUGCGAGACGCAUAAAUGUAAAAAACCGGAAGAGAUUGAAGUCGCCUUGAAUAUCAGUCGGAAAUAUGAAGUCAGAGAUCUCGUUAUCUUAAUGCAAGGUGGGGGGAACUUGGUCGGGUACCCGGGAAUGGAUUCUAUCCGCGAGUCGGUUUUGAACCAUUUCCCGAAACAUAAACACAUCCUCUUCUCGCAAAGUAUUUGGAUCCACAACGGUUCAAACGAAAGCCUUGCAAGUUGUGUUAAUAUUUACUCGAACAGGUCAAAUUUCUACAUGUUCAUACGGGACAAACAAUCGUUACAAAUUGCUCAAAACUAUUUUCAUGGCGUUAAAAUAAUUCUAGCACCGGAUAUGGCUUUUGGGUUAGGCAUGCGUCCUAGACUUAUGCCGCCUUAUUAUGAUAUAGUGUGGUUGCGUAGAACCGACGAAGAGUCGUCCAAGUACCAACUUCCGGUUUUUCCUACAAACGUUUCUGUCCUGGUUUCUGAUUGGAGGAGUGAUUGGAAAUCCAACCGGGGACAACGCGACAUGGAAACGUCUUUCAUCAUCGCACAAAACGGGUUGGAAUUUUUACAACGCGGAAGAAUUGUCGUCACGGACAGACUUCAUGGACAUAUUUUGUCCACGUUGAUGAACAUCCCUCACGUUAUGAUCGACAACCCGCCCUAUUUGAAACUUUCAUCGUUCGAUAAAACCUGGACUAGGGGUCUCACCAACACCAAGAUGGUAUUAACAGGAGAGGACGCGCUGAAAGAAGCGCUGUUGAUGCUGAAGACGUACGACGCCGUUCUGCCCGAAGUCGGCCCAGUGGACAUGAAUGCCUUUCCAGAAGUCAAGCCAAAGCCUAAAAUAAAUCCAACCCCGGAAAUAAAGUCGAAUCCAGCAAAACGGUCAAAACCUCAGCCCACUAUGCGGCGAAAUUUCUGGAAAUAUUUAUUUUUUAAUUCAAAGUGA